UACGCCGUCGUCAGCGGAUACGGUGCUGAAGCACAUGGACACUUCAGAUUCUCCACUCAAUGUAGGGCUGCGCGCCAUCACACAGCCUGCAGACGCUUUGUCUCGCCAAUUCACUUUUAAUGCUCUCUUCAUAUCCGGCCCUGCUAAGCGCAACCUCAUGAACCUUUCCUUCCUCGUCAGACCUUCCACAGAUUGUACAUCGCCCUGCAACACAGACGCUGGAUGGACUAUUCAUAUGACCCAGUUUCCCGCGGUGCACAUGGGACCAAGCAUGACUCGUUUCUCUCUCCCAGCUCACAUGAUGUCUACGGAUACUCCCGCAGCUCCAGAUCCAGCGUCCGCCUUGAUGUGCCAGUCGCUGCCAUGAACCGGAACAAGUCCGUCAAUGAACGUGAGCGCCGACCGUAUCAUUAUGAACCAGACCAUCGCUCGCGGUCCUCGAUACGGCGGGAGGAUACGUAUCCGGAGUUUUCGAGGCGGUCGAGGUCAACCCGCCGAACAAAAAGCUGGCCCCCACCGCCGAGCGUAGAGGAUGAAGAUGAGUCUCUUGCAAGGGAACACCCGAGACGCUCUAGCCCAAAGCCUGCAGAUGACGAAGUGUGCAUGCCUGGCACCAUCGAUCAAAAUCCUGUCUUGAUCGACCUUGAAAACCAUGAGCGUCGAUUUAUCCUAGUGCCACAACAUGACGCCAAGGAAGAGACUUCACAGCCAAAGCAGCAGCGUCCACGCAGCGAGCAACUACCAUCCCUACGGAUAGAAGUCGAAGAACCAGAUCUGUUUAGUCGCAGACAGCCAUCUCCUUACGCGUUCUCGAAAUCUCCAGGCUCGGCCGGAAGCAAAGAGUCGGCUAACCCCCUUGAACCAUCCAGCGCCAGUCCCGGUUCUGCAACGACCAUGUCAUUAAAGGACGAGAAUGGAAAAAGAUAUAAGAAUGGAAAUUUUAGUUCAGAUGAGAGUGAGUUGGAAUCCCGUGCUGCAGACCGCUUCCAAGAACGGAAACCAAGGCUCGAUGUACCAUUAACUGGUUCAACCUCAUCGUCGAGCCGACGACCAGAAGUCAAGCGUUUCAACAGCGAUUGCACAAGUCCCACGGACAGCCGAUCGCACCCUCCGACGGAUGGGUCGGGCUUGUGUGAACGUGCUCCGAGGCAACCCAGUUCCGCGCCUACAUCUGACGACGAGAUGUCAUCUCGAGUACCGGGCAAGAGCGCAAGCUUAAAACCUGUGGAUAUUUCAACACAAAUUCCGCUCCGACAGCGUAUUCAUGCAGAGAGCCUGCGUGGCAGCAAACACAGUCUAUAUGAAGCCUCGGAACAAGAGCGCGGAAGCAGAAUGAAUACACCACCAGGCUCUCCAAAAAUUGGGGAAAGGCCUUUGCAGAGUGAUUAUUAUGGUACAUCACGAAGUUCACGUCAAAAAUCGUAUACUGCGCAGGGGUUUGAGUUCAACGACUUCGCCAACGACCCCCCCCGCAGCGUCUCGUACAGCAAUAGUGAGCAAAAUAGUGCGUACGACUAUGACCGUCGUCCUAAUAGUGGCGUUUGGACUGCCACUCCGCAGUCACAAAAUGCUUCAUUCACAAGAUCCAGCACUCUUCAGAAUGAUGCAAGUAUGUCCGCGACAGUUCUUCCAUAUCCGUUGGAUGACCCGAUCGUUCAUAUGCCAAAUCACGAGCAUUUCAUCGAAACGCCAACCUCACCUGCAAUGCCGAAUAAGCCGUAUUUAGAUGCACACAAUGCUGGUGCCUCUAACCUCACUAGUCAAAGCACUGCCAAACGUCCAACGUUUCCAUCUCGGUCCGAGACGACAAGCAGCGUUUCCAGCGCGUCUCGAGAUUCAGACAACGCCAAUACCUCAUUGACUAUGCCGAAGAGUCUGCCCGUGUGUCCGAGGAUGGAAUAUUCGAAGGCUUAUGACGACUGGUACACGCUCAAAGAAGAUUCAUCAUUCGACAUAUGCCCUACUUGCCUAGAGGGGAUAAUCCGCAAAACACCAUUCAGAUCAGAGUUUGUGCCGGCUCGACGAAGGGGCGCAUCUGUGCGCACUCGUUGCGAUUUUGGCUCACCCUGGGUGAGGUUGGCCUGGUUGUUGACCAUCAAAAGGCAACGCAAGGAUCUUGAACUCAUCUAUGCGCUAUCAGCCAUCUCCAGUGUAGAUUCGCCAUGUCCAGAUACGAAGGAGGGAAAUGGUCCUUGGUAUGGCCUACUAAGUACAGAUGGCCAAUUCAUCCCUGGCUUUGCGAUUUGUUCGUGCGAUACGAAGUACAUUGAGGCCUGUUUCCCAUCACUCAUUGGUCUCUUUACUCGCAUUCCGGACAGCCUAUCUGGACGAGACGCCAAUAUUUGUUCCAUGCGCAUUUCUAGUAAGCGAUUUCCAACCUAUCUCGACCUCCUGGAGGAUAUUGAUGAGGAGGCACGUUUUGUACCUUUGGAAUCGGCGAAAAGCCUUCAACGCCUUAUCAGAGUGGUUGGUGCAGAAAUGCCAAAAAAGAAGUGUACUCGAGACAGUCUUUUAUAUGAAGCUACAUGGUAUUACAUGCCACUUCUGCCAGAGUUUACCGUCUGCGAAGAAUGCUUUGAUGAGGUCAUCUGGCCAAGUGUUAAGCAGGGAUCUCAGUUGGCAGAUCGAUUCAACAAAGUCCUAAAGCCGCUACCUGCAGGAGUUGCUGUAGAGGGAGCAAGUUGUCAGGUCUACAGUACACGUAUGCGGCGCGUCUGGGAGCGAGCCGUCAAGUAUGGUGAGAAGGACGGCAUGAUCUACCUGGCGCGGAAGGUUCGGGAACGGAAGGAGGUUGAGGACGAUCUCAGGAGGCAUCAGAAGGAAAUAGCCAGGCUGCUGGACCGAAGCAAGAAGCUUGGAGGACCCACUGCAGCAACAGACAAAGAGCGACUGAAACGCGAGUUGGAGAAUAUUGAACGCGAAUGGGCAGACUGGGAGUGAAAAGAUAGGCUUUGUGAGGUUUGGUCUUCGAGCGUCUCGAACGACUUUUCGUCCGCAGAAAAAUUAUACCCCUAUGCAACCCUGUAGCAGAAAUACAUGAUCCUGAAUGAAUU